GACAUGGGUAAUGACGUGGAAUCGGAACAACGCCGCGAUGGCACUGUGCGUCCUUGGCACCGCCGAGCUCGUUUCUGCUAUCGCGAGCUUCCAGCGCGGGCUCCACGGCGACACGCUCGAUCUCCUGCACGAGCUCGACGUCGUCGAUAUCCCGUUCGACUCGGACGCGAGCCUCGUUGCUAUUGCCGAGACCCUCGCGACCGCCUUUGCCAGCGUCCACCGCACCUUUCUGCCAUGGCUCGCUCGCCGCGGCCAGGCGCCGUUCGCCCACGUCUGCCACGUCAAGCACCUCCGCCACGAGCUCCUCUACUUUGCGCUCGCGUACGGCCGCGUCGACAUCAUGCAGCACCUCGCCAAGACGGCGCGCAUUUUCUUGUCGCCCGCGCGCCUCCAGUCGCUCGCGUCCUCAACUGCGUCGUCCGAGGUCCCGUACGCCAUGCUCCGAUCGAUGCGCGACGGGUUCCGGCCGCUUCGACUCGACGUGUGCAGGAACGCACUUGGCGUCGCCUGCGUCCUGGGGCACCUUCCGCUCGCCCAGCACUUGCUCGAGCACCGGAUCACGGGGCGCGCAUGGGAACCCUCGAGCGCCGUAGCGAUCUGUUGGAAAGGGCACCUUGACGUCGCGCGAUACCUGUGCGAGCACGCGUACGCAGGCUUUGGCGCUGACGCCGCCGCGGCUGCCGCUGGCAACGGCCAUGUCGAGCUGCUUGUGUUCCUCCUCCGCCACACAAGAGACGAUGGCAGUGUCCUGGAUGCUGCGCUGGUUGCUGCGGCGAAAUUUGGCCGCGUCGACGUCCUCGCCGCACUACAUGACGCCUUAUGUGACAUUGCGCUGGCAGCGGUGCCCGCCAUCACAUACGACCAAGUGGGCGUCCUGCGCUUUGUCCUCGCGCGCCAAUGCGAAAGCGUGCCUGCCCAAGCGCUGGAGCACGCGGCGACGCUCGGACGCCUGGAUGCUGUGCGGCUAUUACACGAGUUUGGCCUUGUGAGCCACCGACAGCAAGCGCUUCUCGCCGCCGUCGCCAACGGACACGAGCCUGUCGUUCGGUACUUGUACUCAGGUGCGGCGUCCGACUUGAGCACGGCAGCAGCCAUCAAAGUGGCUAAGCGAGCCAAGCAACAAGAGGUUCUGCGGUACCUCAAGACGCAACGGACUGACGACUGCCGCGUCCAAUGACAAGAAAGGUGUUAUGAGUGUUUGGCCGAUCUAGUAUAUGUUCAAUUAGCACUAUAUAGACGAUAGAGGGACGA